UAGUGUUGCACUCUCAUUCUUCUCCGCCCAACACAAUGCAACAUUCUCACAUCGCCGCCGCUUCCCAAUCUUCUCGCGGCGGAGAUUCCGCCGAGAGCUCCGAUAUCAAACGAGGAAAGAAACGUGGUAGUUACAACUGUGGUCGCUGUGGCCUUCCCAAGAAAGGACACAACUGUAAUGUUAAAACUCCCGUCUCUGCUACCACUACGCCUGCCGAUUCAUCACUAUCUGUCGUUUCGGUACCUUCAUCCGCCCUUUCAGCACCUCGUCAGCCUCCAUCGAACCUACGUCGCGCCCUAUCGUUUGACGGUCUUGAUGAUCGAGCCAGUAGACUCGAUCCGUUGGACGAUAGGGCAGAUGGAGAUUCGUUUGCCGAGUCGGAUCCGGAACCAGAUCUAGAUCUGGAUUUGGAUACCGAUUCGUGCGGUUUGCCGGCGAGCCUCCGGUGGGAAGUGAUGAGGAGGUUACCACCAGCGGGACUGUUAUCGGCGGCUAAGGUUUGUAAGGGAUGGAGGGAAACGGCAAGGAAGCUGUGGAGGGCGACGGAGGAGUUGAAGCUUAGGGUUCCGGCGAACGUUCAUGUUGGUUUCGUCGCGUCGAUGUUACAGAAAUGUCCUGGGAUUGUGAGGCUUUCUCUUCGGAUGGAAAGUGAUUUUGAUUCCACGAUGCUCGCUUGCAUUGCUUUCUCAUGCCCUAAUUUGGAGUCUAUGGAGAUCUCGAUGUUUGACACUGCAACCAAUCGGAUCAAUGGGGAUGAAUUGGGUCGAUUUGUUGCUGAUAAAAGAAACCUCAAAAGCCUCAAGAUGGAAGGUUGUUCUAAUCUAGGGGGUUUUGUUCUAUGCUCAUCUAGUUUGUCCACACUUUGGCUAUCAGAUCUUCACUCUCUAUCUAAGAUGGUAUUUAACUGUCCUCAGUUGAGAGAGAUUUCAUUGGAAUUUUCCUGCCAAGAAAAUGAUGGCACUGAUCUCCCAACCGUGAUUGAAGCUUUAGGCAGAAAUUGCUUGAGAUUACAAAACAUACAUAUAGCUUCAAUGCGGCUUUCUCAUGCUGCUGUGCUUGCUCUUACAGCUGCUCAAUUGAGGGGGGUGCGCAUGCUUUCUCUUGUUCUUGGAUCCGAAAUAACUGAUGCAUCUGUUGCUGCAAUUGCCUCAAGCUAUCCAAAUCUAGAAUUGCUUGACCUCAGUGGAUCUGGCAUAAGUGACAGUGGCAUUGGAAUGAUUUGCAAUGUAUUCCCUGAAACAUUGACUAGACUUCUCCUUGCUCUUUGCCCUAAUGUGACUUCAAGUGGCAUUCAAUUUGCUACAGCUCAAUUGCCGCUUCUUGAACUUAUGGACUGUGGCAUGACCAUAUGUGAUCCUAAUUUCCCAGAUCCAACUGCUGAUGAAGAUGACUGCAAAUCACAGAAGCCAUCCAGCGCAAAUCAACAACAUAUAAACCAAAAGCUAAUCAUCAAACAUAGCCAUUUAAAGAAACUUAGUUUGUGGGGUUGCACUGGCUUGGAUGCCCUAUACUUAAACUGUCCCAAACUCAAUGAUCUGAAUCUAAAUUCUUGUAGAAAUCUGCAUUCAGAGAGGCUCUUGCUUCAGUGUCCCACUUUAGAAAAUGUUCAUGCAUCAGGCUGUCACGAUAUGCUAAUUGAUGCUAUCCAAAGUCAGGUCUCCAAUGCUUUUCCUGCUAUAGACAACCAUUCACCUUCUAAACGUCUACCUGAUGGCUCCAAAAGGGUCCGGGUUCCUUAUUUACUUAGCGGCGAGUCGCCUGAACCUGAAAAAAAGCGAAGAAAGAUCGAGAGACUUCCGUGUAAUGUGCUUGUAGACUAAUCUCCCGUGAAACUUUUUCUAAUUUUUUUAUGGUGAAGGUGGGCUGAAACUUAAUCUAUUUAUACAUAUGUGCAAUAUCUUGUACGAUAUAUAAUAUGCAUCAUCCCCUAGCUACAAAACAGGUCAUAAUUUUUCAAUAUAGGCUCUCAAGUUGGGGCCUUAGAUGAAACUGUUUCUCAUCGCAAACAAAUGCUUAUGUUUUGAAAUACUCUUGUAUGAACUGUGGAUGAAUGCCUCAUUUUUCAAUAAAGUUAAACGGAUUUUAUGGAAAUUCUCCUA